AUGUUGCAUCAGCUGGGCAGGUUGCUGCAGGAGAAAAGGGACCUGGAGCAAGCCGAGAAGCGCGUGAAGGAGGCACUGAGGAUGAUGAAGUCCGUCUAUGAUGGUGCCGACCAUGUGCAACUGGCCGUCACUUUGCAUGAGCUGGGCACGUUGCAGAAGCAGAAAGGAGACCUGGAGCAAGCCCAGGAGCACCUGAAGGAGGCUCUGAGGAUGGAGAAGUCCGUUUUUGCUGGUGCCGACCAUGCGAACGUCGCCGGCACGUUGCAUCAGCUGGGCAGGUUGCUGCAGGAGAAGGGGGACCUGGAGCAAGCCGAGGAGCACCUGAAGGAGGCACUGAGGAUGACGAAGUGCGCUUAUGAUGGUGCCGACCAUGGGCAACUGGCCGUCACUUUGCUUGAGCUGGGCACGUUGCAGAAGCAGAAAGGAGACCUGGAGCAAGCCCAGGAGCACCUGAAGGAGGCACUGAGGAUGAUGACGUCCGUCUAUGAUGGUGCCGACCAUGGGAACGUUGCCGUCACUUUGCAUGAGCUGGGCAUGGUGCGGAAGCAGAAAGGAGACCUGGAGCAAGCCGAGGAGCACCUGAAGGAGGCUCUGAGGAUGAAGAAGUCCGUCUAUGGUGGUUGCGACCACGUGAGCGUUGCCGUCACUUUGCUUGAUCUGGGUGUGGUGCUGAGGAGCAGUGGAAAACUGGAGCAGGCCCAGGAGCUCUUGAUAGAGGCAUUGAGGAUGAUGAAGUCCGUCUAUGGUGGUGCCGACCAUGUUGAGGUUGCAGUCACUUUGCAUGAGUACGGCAGUUUGCUGGAUCAGAAAGGUGACCUGAAGCAAGCUGAGGAGCACCUGAAGGAGGCUUUGAGAAAUUAG